AUGGGUUGUAUUGCCUCUAAGGAAAAUAGCCAAGAUGGUCCAAAAGAGAGGCUAUCUUGUAAAGGAUCAUUAGAUAGACGAGUUGCUCAUGUUAAUUCUUUAAGAAAAGAUGAUGGGGUUCGAUCGAAGGAUAAACCUAAUAGUGGAGAUGUGAAGGUUAUGCUAAUUGAUAAGAAAACAAGGGGUUCGAGGAGGUACCUUGGUGAUCAGAUUGUGAAAAGGCGAAUUGAGGAUCAAAUUGAGAAGAGUAAGGUUGAGAAUUAUGAAGUUGCUGCUGUUUGUCAAACUCAGAUUGAGAAAACGAAGAUAGAAGUUUGCCAAGAUGUUCCAGUUCUUAAUCAUCCAGCGUGGGGGAAGGUGCCUAAGUCUGUGGAAGCUGAGCAGGUUGCUGCUGGAUGGCCUUCUUGGCUUGCCUCAGCCGCAGGAGAAGCUAUUAGGGGAUGGGUGCCGCGCCGUGCCAAUACUUUUGAGAAGUUAGACAGAAUUGGACAAGGAACAUAUAGCAAUGUCUACAAGGCUCGUGAUGUCACGAGUGAUAAAAUUGUUGCUAUUAAAAAAGUUCGGUUUGAUAGCAGUGAUCCAGAGAGUGUGAAAUUUAUGUCCCGUGAAAUUCUUAUUUUGCGGAGGCUGGAUCAUCCCAAUAUAAUUAAACUGGAAGGCUUGAUAGCAUCCCAGACAUCUUCCAGUUUGUACCUUGUCCUUGAGUACAUGGAACAUGAUCUCACGGGACUUGCCUCACUUCCUGGCAUCAAGUUCACUGAAGCACAGAUCAAAUGUUACAUGCAGCAGCUUUUAAGUGGACUCAAUCAUUGUCACACUCACAGUGUUCUGCAUCGUGACGUAAAGGGUUCAAAUCUUCUUAUUGAUGACAACGGCAUCUUGAAAAUUGCUGAUUUCGGCUUAGCAAGUUUCUUCGAUCCUCGAAGUAGUGCUCCAUUGACAAGCCGCGUGGUGACUCUUUGGUAUAGAGCACCUGAACUUUUACUUGGAGCCUCUCGCUAUGGAGUCGCUGUGGAUUUAUGGAGUGCGGGUUGCAUACUUGGGGAACUGUACUCUGGCAAACCUAUUUUGCCGGGAAGAACAGAGGUUGAGCAAUUGCACAAGAUUUUUAAGCUAUGUGGCUCGCCCUCUGAGGAUUACUGGAUAAAAUCAAAGUUGCCUCAUUCAUCAGUAAUCAAGCCUCAACGACCAUAUAGACAAUCUGUAACUGAAACAUUCAAAGACUUUCCUGCUCCUGCUGUUGGCCUUAUGGAAAACUUACUUUCCAUGGACCCAGCUCAUCGAGGAACUGCAGCUUUUGCUCUCACCAUUCUUUACGACAAAACCAUUUGCUUGCGAUCCAUCAAGUUUGCCCAAAUACCCCCCAGCAAAGAGAUUGAUGCGAAACUACGGGAUGAAGAAGCUCGAAGGCAAGGAGCAGCUGCAGGCAGGAGAAGUGGACUAAAAGAAUCUCUUGCACGUAAUGGCCAUCCUGAUUUGCCCACGUCCCUGCAGCAGAGACGUAAUUCUGUUUCAAAUAAUAGAGGCGAGACAUUCAACUCUCAUAAGGAGCAAACUGUUUCUGGUUUCAUGAUUGAUCCCUCUAAACAAAGUCAAGCUGUAAGAGAACGGAGAGGAGAUUUCAUGGAGCAUCAACAUAAGAAAGUUUCACAUUCAGGGCCAUUAGUCCAAGGGAAUGGCUGGACAAGGACCGGAAAGGAUUUUGAUAAUCAUAAUAUGGUAUCAGGGAGACAUAACCUAUCAACAAUAUCUGGUUUAGUAGCAACUAGAACUAUCUUGCCUGGAGAUCGCCAAGAAAAACCUGAUGUCCCACAUCCAGAAGUAGUAAAACAAGUAGGCAGGCUUCAAGGAUCAUUAAAUGGAUUGGGGUCCUCAAGAAAGCAGGGCCAAAAUUGUCAAAUACAGAAGAUGGGAGAUUCUCCUCAGACAGGAGCUGGAAAAUCCAGUAACAAAGAACCAAGUCUGCAUGGUCGUGGAUCCAGGGGAAACAAGAUUUACCUCUCUGGUCCGUUACUUGUUCCAUCAAACAACAUGGAACAAAUGCUCAAAGAGCACGACCGCCAGAUCCAAGAAUUUGCCCGAAGACGGCUUGACAAGACAAAACAAGCCAAGUUAAAAGCUCAAGGGAAGCAACCAACAGAUAGUUUGAUGGUCGCCUCCAGGCAUUGA